AUGCAAAAGACAAAGUAUCAUAGGACUAGUCACGUUUCAUUAUAAGUCUGUGACAUUUAUGGCAUUCAUAUGAACGAAUUCUGUUCAGUAUUGUUUUCAAUGUUGUGUGUUCAGCUAAUUUUUACGCGUUGCCCUAAUCACAUAGGAAUCAACAAUGAUCACAAGAUCGAAAUUGAAACAAGAAACCGUCGGGGAAAAUUUGGAACUGACUGAUCCGACACCCGACAUUCAAGAUUUAUUCAAAUCACUCGACGCAAAAUUCUUUGAUGGCGUUUUAUCGAAAAAUGGUAUCCAAUUGGAAUGGAGUAAAAGUAUAGGCUUGUACGAUGCUGGACAUUGUGUUUGCGUGAAGGAAAACCUGAUUAAAAUUUCGCUGAACGAACGAUUGCUGAAAUAUCGAACUCGAAAAAAUUUAGUCGAAACUUUACUGCACGAAAUGAUUCAUGCAUCUCUGUUCCUGGAUCAAGAUCCCGAUAGCAGUGAGCAUGGUCCGAGUUUCAUAAAAAUCAUGAACCGGAUUUAUCGGCAGACGGGAGCCGAUGUUUCCGUUUAUCACGAUUAUCACAAUGAAAUUGCUCUGUAUGAAAAUCGACUUUGGAGAUGCAAUGGCAAAAAGUGUGAAAAUCGACCACCGCAUUUUGGUUUGAUGCGAGUAAAUCCAGGCGGGACUUUUGACUUUGAUGACGCGUAUUUGUACCAUUUGAAAUAUUGUAAACGUGACCUAGAAUUGGUAAAGUGCGGCGAGAAACUUUAAAGGAAAUUUAUUCAGGACUAAAUUGAUGGAGUCGGCAAUAUACAUCGGUUAUGAAUUACAUCAUUCCAAAGACAAUUGAAUUAUAUUAUGAAGUUAUACAUAUACGGUACCUACGUACUAGCAUGAAGAUUUAAACGAUUGACUAGAGGUGAAAUGUGAAGCGCUCUUUGUAUUGAAAAUUAGAAAAUUAUGUAAUUUCGUCAAA